AAUGGUUGACAUACAACGAACCUAGAUUUAUCAUAGAGAAACAAUUAAAAACAAAUAAAUUAAACAACUCAACAAAAAUAAUCUACAAUACAAAAUUUCUAGGAUUAUGGAAGCAAAACCUUGUAUACUGAUUUUAAGUAAUACAAAUACAAAACCACAAUCCCUCCUAAAAUUGAUAUCUAAAUCAACAUCUAUCGAUGAAGAUUCUCCAGGAAAAGUAAAAUGCAAUUGGUUUAUAGAUUCUAAGUAUUAUACUGCAGACGUUUGUCUGAUGGGAUUAGAACGUGACUUCGAAAGAUCUGAGGACUUCAAUGGAAGAGUGGAAGCCUUAAUCGUUCAUGUAGAUACAAAUAGAAAAACUGGCCUUAAAGAUUUAAGUGCUUGGGAUAAAAUUUAUCAGGAUUGUGAUCCAGAAGUCAAACUCCUAGUAGCCAAUUACUGCAAUGAAGAUACAAAAAUCACAAAAGAAAAAGCCAUUGAAUGGUGUCUUGAAAAAGGAUAUGAAUUUAUUGAAUUAUACCCCACAUGUAUAAAUGACGAUAACAUAGCCUCAAAUUUCGAGGAAAAGGUUGGAGUUGAAAGAAUAAUAGAAGCUUUGUAUUCACAUACCUGGUCGAAUCUGAAAAUGAAAUCGCAACACAAAAAAGGAACAUUAAAUAAUGAAUGUCCUAAGGAAAUGAACAGGGAAAAAUUGGAUGGGUCUAUUUCGGAUGAUAGUUGUGAUGACUUUACAGAACUCUUCUCUCAACUACAAACUAUGAGGGAGAGCCUGAAUUCUUUACCUUCCACUCAAAGAAAACAAUGUGCCGAACAAAUGGUUACUGCAUUUUGGAAAGCAAUAGGUGGCGAUGAAGAGGAAUUAUCUGAUUCAUAACACCAAAGAAGUUUCAUCUAUGCAUUCAGUAUUUUGCAGUGAUAUAUCCAAUAAUCCAUGAAAUAUUUUACUUUAUAUUUAUUGUCUAGUCAAAUUUUAAUCUCGCCCAAAUUGGGAUGGUUUUAUGCCGUGGGUAAUUUGACAUUAAAUGUUAAACAAAGUAAAUUUAAAAUAUUAUUUUGAAGAUUAUCGUAUAUAAUAUUGUCAGAUGGAUUGCUGAGUACAUUUCUCAUAAAUCAUAAAAUAAAAGCCACUGUAGAUUGGUACCAAAGAAGUUGAUAAAGCAAAUUUGAAGGAAA